AUGCAGCCUCUAUCUGCUCUGCUCUGCUGUGAUCCCUGUCAGCUGCAGCUGGCUGGCUUCGAUUGUCACUUUUCAAACAGCAGUAAUCAUGUGUUGUCUAUAGGCCUGAGAAAUCAAAAUCAAGUGUUGUGAUUCUCUUUUCAUAGCAGGUGAGAGUGAGAGGAGACUAAAUUGGUGUCAGUUUAAUCAGCAGGUUGCUGAUUAAACUUUUGCUGCAGGAUUAGGAAGGAGUUUGGUAUUACAGGUGUUUUUCAUCAGGUGUGGUUCGCAGCAAUCCUCUUUCCCAAGUAUGCAUAUAAUGUGCUCACUGCUCAUGAGUACUGCAAUAGAGGUUGCCUGUUGCCUGAACCUAGUAUAUGUAUAGUUGGAUUACAUGUAUUCCUGAAAGGAUGGAAGCUGCAACAGGUUUGUAAGAGAUGCUACAACAGCGUUAUAGGAUAGCAGCAGGAAGACAGGGUUAUUUUCUGUCAGACAAAUCACCCCACUGUUUUUCAGUUGAGAGGAAUCGGUGAGGGUGAUGGACAGGUGAGCCUGAGGCAGGUCUGUGUUUAAGUCCAUCAACAGUCCCGGGGUACAGCUCGUAACAUCACACAGGGCUCAGGGGAAUUUCCACCACUAUAAUAACUCCUAGGGUACUCCCCUAUGUGGCUCAUUAGCUUACAGCUCUAAGGAACAAACCGUGUACCCCAAAUAUUUCUUUUUUUUUUUGGUAAUGCCGUUGACCUACUUCAUCGACAACUUAGAGUUAUCUAUAAGGAAGAUCUCAAACUGUGUGUGUGUGUGUGUGUGUGUGUCUCAAGACGACAGGACAGUUACUGUCCUGCAUUUUAGCCCGAGGUCCACGGGGCCUGUGUAUCUCCAACUGUCAUUUCUAUCUGACUUGCCUUCAGAUGGAUAGCUUGCAGGAUAUGAGUUAAUGUGGUGUGUGUGUGUGCAUGUGUUUAUUUAUGUCUGGGAAGGACAGAACAGUUACUGACCUGACAUUCAGCUGAAUUACAAUGUAAAUAUUCUCUGAAAGAAAUGUAAUUAGACUGUAAACGAGGAGAGCGAGAAAGAUAGAGAGAGAGAAAGAGAGAGAGAAAGAGAGAGAGAGAAAGAGAGAGAGAAAGAGAGAAAGAGAGAGACGAAAGAUCGCUCAUCUCUCUCUAGCUCCCUCCUCUCCCUAUCUCCUCUCUCUGCCUCUCUCUCUCUUCUUACCUCUCUUCUUGCUCUCUCUCUCUCCUCCCUCUCUCUCUCUCUCUCCUCCUCUCUCCCCUCUCUCUCUCUCUCCUGCUCCAGCUCUCUCUUCUCUCUCUCUCUCUCUCCCUCUCUCUCUCCCUCUCUCCCUUCUCUCUCCCUCUCUCUCUCUUCCCUAAGAGAAUAUAGAGAUAGUAGAGAGAGAGAGAGAGAAAGAGAGAAAAGAGAGACAUAAAUGUAUAAUCCUUUUGGUUGUGUCCAUCUGACCAUCUAUGUCCCUACAUUUGUCCAGCUGUGUCUGUGUGUGUAAAUAUGCAUUGUGUGUGUAGUCAUGUGUGUGUGAGGUUAUGUUGUGUGUGUGUGUGAGGUUAUCUGUGUGUUUGCAUGUGUCCAUGUCUGCAAUUAAUUUAAUCCAAAUCAUGCACACAUGUAUCACGCACGCAUAUCCCCCAGGUUAGCCCUGGAGGCUACACCCAUCUGGGAGGGAGGGAGGAGGGAGGGAGAGGAGAGGAGAGGAGAGGAGAGGAGGUGAGUAUGAUAUUAUAUUAUAUUGAGGAGUACGUAUAUGUAUGAGUUACUAUUCUAAAUUAUUUAUUGAUAUAGUGUAUUUCUUGCUAUUCUUCUUUCUCUCGGAAGCUAGCUCUAUAUCUCUCUCUAUCUAUUUCUCUCUCGUCUCUCUAUCCUCUCUCUCUCUAUCUCUUACUCUCUACUCUCUUCUCUAUAUCUCUAUCUCUCUCGUCUCCUCUCUCUCUCUCUCUGCUCUCGGCUCUCUCUCUAUUCUCCACCCUCUCUCUCGCUCUAUCUAUCUCCUCUCUUCUAUACUCUCCUUCGUAGAUAUUCUCCCUCAGGGCUCUCUACUCGUCUUUCUUGGGCUCCUCCCUAGGUCCUUAUUCUCGAUCUCGUCUCUUCUCUUUCUCUCUCUACUCUCUUCUCUUUCCUCUUUCCUUCUCCCCCCUUCUUCCUUCUUUCUUUCGCUUUCUCCUCCUUCGUGCCAAACUCCAGUUUGAAUUGAGUUCCCCAAGAUAUCUUGGCUGUAUUAUGAUGUCUGUUUGAAUACUUGCUCAACCCACUGUUAGCCUUCAGGCGAUGGGCCUACAGGUAGGUCAUAUGCUCACAACGAUUUUUAAACCUUAAGAUCACCCUCACUCAGCAUAUUUUCUGGUGUCUGACUGUAAAUUGUAAACUUACUUCUCCUCUCCUUCCUCCUUCUCUCAUCUCUCUCAUCCUGCUCCUCUCAGGUCUGUCUCGAUCUGCCAACGUGCCUCUAGACAGCUAGUCGGAGCAGCAGGGGAAAUCGGUCCUCGCGUCCAAGUCAUCAUAAGAGGACUCUCGUCGGGGGCCCGAAACUCUCCUCGUCGCGGGGGCAGUCAAGAUCGUCUCGGGAGGGAAGUGGACACGGGCACGAUCUCCAUCGGGGUGCGUGAACCGAAAAUGCGAGAUCGUAAUCAAGGCUGACUAUACAGACGGCUCGGUAUCUCUGGACCCGCAGGAAGUGUCGGCGAGGCAGCCCCGUCAUGAAGCGGCCUCAAAACAAAAGGUUCGUCAAGUUCGCCCAAAGUACACACGGCGCGUGAGUCGGCAUCACACGUAGUGCGGACUCUGGGCCGCUAGCCUGAGCUGAACCAGGCUACUAAUUGAUCGUGUCAAUCGACCCGUCGGUGUGGGAAGCUCCCUUCAGGAACAAGCUCAACAAGUCGCCAGACAGAGUCCCGUGGCACGAGCAAAGCCCAAAGGUCUCAGUCAUACGGGGGUCUGUCGAGCGAUGGCCGGAGUCCCUCUUCCGCUCCCCCGGUCCCCCUUUUCCUCCUUCAUCAUACAUAAAAAAACAUUUUUACAGAGACAUAAACUGUAUGAACCUCAGCUUUGCCGACAGUUAUGUUUUGUUCCCACCGCGUGGUCUUAGGAUCCUCAUUUCAUGGUAUCAGAUCAAGGAUGUUCAUAGGCAGUAUUGCUGUUAUAGGUGGAGGGCUUAUGUACAUACAGCAGCUUGUGUGUGUUAUUCAAAAGAAGAACACGAACGACAGCAGAUCUCAGCAGAUCUCCUGUGGGACAAGAAUAGGGACAUUUCUGGUAACGUGUGUGUGCUGACAGGUUUCCACCAUAUGCCGUGAAAUGAUACAAACAAGGAAACAACCUCCGUAUUAUACUCCUAGUCACACGCAUGUAAUAAAAGGCUAAUAAUUACACAAUUGAUCAUUAAUUUAUAUAAUUAAUUACACAAUUGUAUAAUUUAUAUAUCGCCUAAUUAUAUAUUAGAUAAAUAUAUAUAGUUUUAUUUAUGUCAUUGUUAAUGAUACCAUCUUUUUUUUUCAUGGACCUCUCAGUAAUCUGAACAGAGAAACGUCUCUUUGAGCAUUGCCUCAAUGUUAUCACUGAUGUUUUGAAAUGAUGAAUGUAGAUUUAUGAUAUGAAAUGUCAGUGAGAUGGAUAAUGUGGGGGUAAGAUAAUGAAGCACAUAGCUCGGUCCCUAUCCUUGCACAACACACAUUAACAGCAGCUAUAACCUUGGCUCUCACACUGGAGAGAACGCACGGUUAAACAGAAUGGCUUGGCAUUAGAAUUAGUGUGUAUCGUCGGUGGCGUCGUGUCGUUUAUUUUGAAGACAACAGCGGAUCAUCCCCCCCCCCAUCUCUGGCUGUCUGCUUGCUGGCAUGUGUGUGUCUGUGUGUGUCUGUGUGUGUGUGUGUGUCUGUAUGUAUUGGCAUGUCUGUGUGUGUUAGCACAGCAGUGGCUGAAGGGAACACAAAGCUUUGAAUGAACUGAAGCACUGUAGCAUACUAUCAAUUUUGUGACAAUUUCUACAUGAUUAUUGAAUGUAUUUUUUAUUUUUGUAGUUUUGUUAAUGAACGUCAAUCUAAUCAAUCAAUCUAAUGUAGUCUUUCUCUUGUUCGAGGAUAGAGUAUUAGAUCAGUAACUGUCUGUCUCUCUCCUAUUCAAACUGAUAGGGGGUGCUGUAAGUCUGUCUCUCUCCUAUUCAAACUGAUAGGGGGUGCUGUAAGUCUGUCUCUCUCCUAUUCCAAACGAUAGGGGUGCCUUAAUCCUGUUCCACAAACUCCCUCUCCUAUUCACAACUGGAAAUGUGGUUUCUUUCAUUCUUUCAUCAGUUUUUUCACUCCUGUUCUACUUUUUCUCCCCCUUUCCAUCCCUUUCUCUCCCUUUCCAUUUUUUUUUUUUUUGUGUUUUUGUUAUUUUUUUUUUCCUUCUUUUUUUUUUUGUUUUUUUUUCAUUCUUUUUUUUUUUUUUUUUUUUUUUCAUGCGUUGGUGUGUGUGUGUGUGUGUGUGUGUGUGUUUCAAUGCAUGCGUUUUUGUGUGUGUGUUUGCUCGUGUGUGUGUGUGUGGGUGUGCAUGCGUGUGUGUGUGUGUGUGUGCAAUUAUAACCCCUUGAGCAUUAAAAGCACUAGAUCCCUUUCAUCUUCUUAAACGUCUGAUAGUUGCUCAACCAGAGGGGAUAUCAAACUGUUCCCAGGAGGUGAAUGCCACCGAGCUUAUGAUCCUGUGGCAUAGUUAAUGUCUAUGAUUGAUAGCUGUGUCUUCAUAUAAAUACUUUAGAGCAGAGAAAGUGAUGAUAGGUGAGAUUUAGUUACCGGAUUGGAAUUUUAAUACAGUGUGUUACUGUGUGAAGUAGUUUGGUUUUACCCUAAUCAACAUUCUCUCUCAGAAUACAGUACUUCCUGUUCCUGUAUAACUGCUAUGCAGCUGUGAAGUAUGCGCUUUUCUCUGGGGGUUGGUUUACAUUUAAUAAAAUGUAACAUAGUACAAACGGGACUUUCUCUCUUUUGAUGUUUGAGAUACAUGACCAGUGUAUGUGUGUGUGUGUGUGUGUGUAUAUGUGUGUGUAUGUGUGUGUGUGUGUGUGUGUGUGUGUGUGUGUGUGUGUGUGUGUAUGUGUGUGUGUGUGCCACUCUCUCUACCUGCAGUGUGGAUGAUGAGUUGAUGUAGUUAGAAGAUGUCAGACGGAGAGAGCGGUUGGCUGAUAUUUCUGUGGCAUUGUGACGGUCCCCACCCCUAGGACAUGUUACUCAUUCCUCCCUGUUCUGCUCUCUCUCUAUCUAUCUUUUUUUCUCUCCUCUCUCUAGCUCUCUCUCUCUCUCCAUCCGCUCUCUCUCUCUCUCUCUCCGCGUCUGCUCCUCCGCUCUCCGUCUCUCUAUCUCUCUCUAAUAUCUUUUUCUUUCCUCUCCUCUCUCUCUCCCCUUCUAGUGCUCUCCUCUCUUUCUCCUCCUCCUUUUUCCUCUUUUUCUCCUCUCUUUCUCAUCUCUCCUCUCUCCUCUCUCUCCUUCUCUCUCUCUCUCUCGUCUCCUCUCGUCUCUCCUCGCCUCUCUCGCUCAGUAUCUAUAUCAUCUCCUUGUUUCUCGUCGCCCUCUCCUUCUGCCCUCUCUCUCCCUCCUCCUCCUCUCCCUCUCUCCCCUCCCCUCUCCCUCUUCCUCCCCUCUCUGUCUCUGUCUCUGUCUCUCUCUCUGUCCUUCCCUCAUCUCUCUGUCUCAUCAAAUCAAAUCAAAUGUUAUUUGUCACAUACACGUGUUUAGCAGAUGUUAUAGCGGGUGUAGCGAAAUGCUUGUGCUUCUAGAUCCAACAGUGCAGUAAUAUCUAACAAUUACACAACAUAUACCCAAUACACACAAAAAAGUAAGGAAUGGGAUUUAAGAAUAUACAGUGAGGGAAAAAAGUAUUUGAUCCCCUGCUGAUUUUGUACGUUUGCCCACUGACAACUGGUGUCUUUUAUACAGGUAACGAGCUGAGAUUGGGAGCACACUCUUAAAGGGAGUGCUCCUAAUCUCAGCUUGUUACCUGUAUAAAAGACACCAGUCCACAGAAGCAAUCAAUCAAUCAGAUUCCAAAAUCUCCACCAUGGCCAACACCAAAGAGCUCUCCAAGGAUGUCAGGGACAAGAUUGUAGACCUACACAAGGCUGGAAUGGGCUACAAGACCAUCGCCAAGCAGCUUGGUGAGAAGGUGACAACAGUUGAUGCGAUUAUUCGCAAAUGGAAGAAACACAAAAGUUGCAAUGAUCAUGAGAACGGUGAGGAAUCAGCCCAGAACUACACGGGAGGAUCUUGUCAAUGAUCUCAAGGCAGCUGGGACCAUAGUCACCAAGAAAACAAUUGGUAACACACUACGCCGUGAAGGACUGAAAUCCUGCAGCGCCCGCAAGGUCCCCCUGCUCAAGAAAGCACAUAUACAGGCCCUUCUGAAGUUUGCCAAUGAACAUCUGAAUGAUUCAGAGGAGAAUGGGUGAAAGUGUUUGUGGUCAGAUGAGACCAAAAUCGAGCUCUUUGGGCAUCAACUCAACUCGCCGUGUUUGGAGUAGGAGGAAUGCUGCCUAUGCCCCCAAUAACACCAUCCCCACCGUCAAACAUGGAGGUGGAAACAUUAUGCUUUGGGGGUGUUUUUCUGCUAAGGGGACAGGACAACUUCACUGCAUCAAAGGGACGAUGGACGGGGCCAUGUACCGUCAAAUCUUGGGUGAGAACCUCCUUCCCUCAGCCAGGGCAUUGAAAAUGGGUCGUGGAUGGGUAUUCCAGCAUGACAAUGACCCAAAACACACGGCCAAGGCAACAAAGGAGUGGCUCAAGAAGAAGCACAUUAAGGUCCUGGAGUGGCCUAGCCAGUCUCCAGACCUUAAUCCCAUAGAAAAGGGAGCUGAAGGUUUGAGUUGCCAAACGUCAGGCUCGUAACCUUAAUGACUUGGGAGAGAUCUGCAAAAGAGGAGUGGGACAAAUCCCUCCUGAGAUGUUGUGCAAACCUGGUGGCCAACUACAAGAAACGUCUGACCUCUGUGAUUGCCAACAAGGGUUUUGCCACCAAGUACUAAGUCAUGUUUUGCAGAGAGGUCAAAUACUUAUUUCCUUCCCUCAUUAAAAUGCAAAUCAAUUUAUAAAAUUUUUGACAUGCGUUUUUCUGGAUUUUUUGUUGUUGUUAUUCUGUCUCUCACUGUUCAAAUAAACCUACCAUUAAAAUUAUAGACUGAUCAUGUCUUUGUCAGUGGACAAACGUACAAAAUCAGCAGGGGAUCAAAUACUUUAUUCCCUCACUGAAUACAUAUAUGGACAAGCAAUGACAGAGCGGCAUGGACUAAGAUACAGUAGAAUAUUAUAGAAUAGAAUUCAGUAUAUACAUAUGAGAUGAGUAGUGCAAGAUAUGUAAACAUUAUUAAAGUGACUAGUGUUCCAUUUCUUAAAGUGGCCAGUGAUUUCAAUAGGCAGCAGCAGCCUCUAAUGUGCUAGUGAUGGCUAUUUAACAGUUUGAUGGCCUUGAGGUAGAAGCUGUUUUUCAUUCUCUCGGUCCCAGCUUUGAUGCACCUGUACUGACCUCGCCUUCUGGAUGAUAGUGGGGUGAACAGGCAGUGGCUCGGGUGGUUAAUGUCCUUGAUGAUCUUUUUGGCCUUCCUGUGACAUCGGGUGCUGUAUGUGUCUUGGAGGGCGGGUAGUUUGCCCCCGGUAAAGCGUUCCGCAGACCGCACCACCCUCUGGAGAGCCCUGCGGUUGUGGGUGGUGCAGUUGCCAUACCAGGCGGUGAUACAGCCCAACAGGAUGCUCUCAAUUGUGCAUCUGUAAAAGUUUGUGAGGGUUUUAGGUGAUAAGCCAAAUUUCUUCAGCCUCCUGAGGUUGAAGAGGCUCUGUUGCGCCUUCUUCACCAAACUGUCUGCGAGGGCGGACCAUUUCAGUUUGUCGGUGAUGUGUACGCCAAGGAACUUGAAGCUUUCCACCUUCUCCACUGCGGACCCGUCGAUGUGGAUAGGGGGGUGCACCCUCUGCUGUUUCCUGAAGUCCACGAUCAUCUGCUUUGUUUUGUUGACGUUGAGUGAGAGGUUAUUUUCCUGGCACCACACUCCCAGAGCCCUCACCUCCUCCCUGUAGGCGGUCUCGUAUUUGUUGGUGAUCAAGCCUACUACUGUUGUGUCAUCUGCAAACUUGAUGAUUGAGUUGGAGGCGUGCUUGGCCACGCAGUCAUGGGUGAACAGGGAGUACAGGAGGGGGCUGAGCACGCACCCUUGUGGGGCCCCAGUGUUGAGGAUCAGCGAAGUGGAGAUGUUGUUUCCUACCUUUACCACCUGGGGGGGCCCAUCAGGAAGUCCAGGACCCAGUUGCACAGGGGCGGGGUUCAGACCCAGGGCCUCGAGCUUAAUGAUGAGCUUGGAGGGUACUAUGGUGUUGAAUGCUGAGCUUUAUUCAAUGAACAGCAUUCUUACAUAGGUAUUCCUCUUGUCCAGAUGGGAUAGGGCAGUGUGCAGUGUGAUGGCAAUUGCAUCGUCUGUGGAUCUAUUGGGGCGGUAAGCAAAUUGAAGUGGGUCUAGGGUGACAGUUAAGGUAGAGGUGAUAUGAUCCUUGACUAGUCUCUCAAAGCACUUCAUGAUGACAGAGGUGAGUGCUACAGGGCGAUAGUUAUUUAGUUCAAUUACCUUUGCUUUCUUGGGUACAGGAACAAUGGUGGCCAUCUUGAAGCAUGUGGGAACAGCAGACUGGGAAAGGGAGAGAUUGAAUAUGUCCAUGAACACACCAGCCAGCUGGUCUGCGCAUGCUCUGAGGACGCGGCUAGGGAUGCCGUCUGGGCCGGCAGCCUUGCGGGGGUUAACAUGCUUUAAAUGUCUUAAUCACAUCGGCCAUGGAGAAGGAGAGGCCACAGUCCUUGGUAGAGGGCCUUGUCAGUGGCACUGUGUUAUACUCAAAGCGGGCGAAGAAGGAGUUUAGCUUGUCUGGAAUCGAGACGUCGGUGUCGGCGACGUGGCUGGUUUUCUUUUUGUAGUCUGUGAUUGUCUGUAGACCCUGCCACAUACGUCUCGUGUCUGAGCGACUCUAUACUGAUGUCUCCCCUCUCUGUCUCCAUCUCUCUCUAUGUCCCUCCCUCCCCUCUCUGUCUCCAUCUCUCUCUCUCUGUCCCUUACCUCUCUGUCUCCAUCUCUCUCUCUAUCCCUCCCUCACCUCUCUGUCUCUCUCUCUCUCUCUGUCCCUCCCUCCAUCUCUCUCACUGUCCCUCCCUCCCCUCUCUGUCUCAAUCCCUCUCUCUGUCCCUCCCUCCAACUCUCUUUUUGUCCCUUCCUCCCCCCUUGUCCUCCAUCUCUCUCUCUGUCCUCCCUCCAUCUCUCUCUGUCCCUCCCUCCCCUCUCUGUCUCAAUCCCUCUCUCUGUCCCUCCCUCCAACUCUCUUUUGUCCCUUCCUCCCCCCUGUCUCCAUCUCUCUCUCUGUCCCUCCCUCCAUCUCUCUCUGUCCCUCCCUCCCCUCUCUGUCUCCAUCCCCUCUCUGUCCCUCCCUCCAUCUCGCUCUCUGUCUCUUCCCUCACCUCUCUGUCUCCAUCUCCCCCCAUCCCCCCCCCCCCCCCCCCCCAUCAGUUGCAUCAAUCACGUUAGGAAUUUAGUUAAUUUCAUCUUAAAUGCCCCUGGCAACUGAUAUGAGACUGAUAUGAGGGCUAAGUAGACACUCAGGCACAAACACAAACACACACACUCACACACACACACACACACACACACACACACACACCUACACACACACCACACACAAUAUAUAUACAUACACACGAUCACAAAGCCUUUACUGGAACACACACACAUGGCCCAUCAGGUUAUAUCAUGUCCCAGUCAGGUUAGAACAACAUAUUUGUCUUCCUCUUUAUGAUAUAGAAAUGACGUGGCCCUGUUCCAAGACACUGUUUAAGAGAAAUAUGCUGUGUGAAAAAUGUGUCAUAGCAUCACUUCAGGGCAAUAGCCAGCAGGUUCAGAGAGAGAUAGGUUCAGAGAGAGAUAGGUUCAGAGAGAGAGAGAGAGGGUUCAGAGAGAGAAGAGAGAGGGGUUCAGGAGGAUACAGAGAGACAUGAGAGAGAUACAGAGAGACAGAGAAGAGAGAAGAGAGACAGAGAGAAGAUGAGGACAGAGAGAGAUAGAGGUUCACAGAAGAGAGAGAGAGGUUCAGAGAGAGAGACUAGAGACAGAGAGAGAGAGGGUUCAGAGAGAAAGAGAGAGAGAGAGAGAGAAGAGAAGAGAGAGAAGAGAGAGGAAGAAGGAGAGAGAGAGAGAGAGAGAGGAGAGGAGAGGAGAGGAGAGAGAGAUAGCGAGAGAGAGGAGAGCUGAGAAUAUUAUAUAUAGAUCUACUCUCUUAUCGCUAUCUAUAUCCUAUAUCGAAUAUCUAAUCUCUCCUCUCUUAUUCGUGGCUCAGAGGAGGCUUACCGUGCGGCUUCUCUCCAAAGCCUCUCUCCUUUCUUUUUUCAUUCCAGACAGACAUAUGGAGGUUCCGCUGCAACUAAGAAACUAUGUGAAACUCCCUGCAUCCCAUUUGGCACCCUAUUCCCUAUAUAGUGCACUGCUUUGGACCAGACCCCUAUGGGAAUAGGGUGCUGUUUGAGACGCAUAUAUUGUCUAACUGCCUGGCUGUAGAAGUUGUGAAUGGAAGUUUACAGGAGGUCUUCGGGGCAGAUUACAGUAUAGGAUCUCUCUCCCCUAUGUGAUGAACAAAGCCCAGGACACACACACAUACACACACCCACACACACACACACACACACACACUGAUCUGUGCCCGUGAAUGUUUGUACAGAGAGAGACUGAAGGGAAAUGCGGGUGAUAGACAGUAGAUCUGCUACUCUCCUCUCCCAGGCAUCAACACCUCUCCCUGCUACCCGCUCAGACAGACGCCCUGAGUAUCUCUGGAAUUUCAGGUUUCCUGCAGGCCCUCCAGAGAAGAUACAUACCUACUGGUUGUAUCAGGGAAUUGUUACAGAUGAAACGUCCUUAAGGAAUUUACACCAUGGGACUGUAAAACAAUCAGGGGAGAAUGACUUAUGGUUACUGAUGACAGCGUCAACUAUGAGAAUAAUGAGAGCUACUGUCGCCAGUGUUAGGAGUGCAGUGGUGUCCCUUUAUAGAGCUUUCUGAGGAGAAUACAGCUGUGUCCACACACACACACACACACACACACACACACACACACUCACACACACACACACACAUUCAUGCAGGCACACAGGCACGCACCACACACACGCACACUCACACACACACACACACACACACACACACACACACACACACACACACACACACACACACACACACACUCACACACACACAUACAUGCUGGCACACAGGCACGCACCACACACACGCACGCACACACACACACACACACACACUCACACACACACAUACAUGCAGGCACACAGGCACGCACCACACACACGCACACUCACGCACACACACACACACACACUCACUUGCGCACUCACACACAGUCACGCAUGUCACCACACAAACACACACACACACGCGCACACACACACACACAGUCACGCAGGUCACCACACAUUCACACACACACACACACGUCCCCCCCCAAACUCCACCUCCCUGUCCCCACUCCACAUAAACACAUCUGGCCUACACUAUGUAAUGAGGUUUCCAUGUGGUGCAGAUGCUAGCAGACAGUAGAAACUAGUGCAGAGAGCUGCACCGGAAACCCAUAGACCGUUGUGAAACGGUUCAUAGCUUUAUACUCACCGAUCUCAACUCCCAGAUAAGACUAAAGCUCUCAGGUGUUUGGUUGGUUCAGGGUUCACACCAGCUACAGCUGCCUGGUUGUGUGGUGCUUGUAAACAUUAUGCUAAACGUUAAGCAGAUUAUUUAGGGUGCUAUGGAAAUAUGGCAUUUUGCAGGUAACGUUAUCUAAAACAUUUACGUACAAAAUAUUUUAAUGUAAUUUUUGAUUGACUUUAGAUCUUGUGUUUAGUUUUGUAGUAUACAGUUUGUGCUGCAGACGAUCAGAUGUGACAUGUUCUAGAACUGUUCGAUGAUGACACCAUGAUUGACAUCUCCUCUCUCCUCUCUCCUCUCUCCUCGCCCUUUCUUCUCGCCACAGCCGAGGCCAAUCAUGAGUCGGGGGUGGGACCUCGCUCCCCGGAGCCGUCCAUUCCCAGCCCCACUCCCACUCCGAGGAGGGCGGGGCCAGGGGAGCAUGACCUCCUGACCUGUGGGAGGUGCCAGACCAACUUCCCCUUGGGAGACAUCCUGGUCUUCAUAGAACACAAAAGGAGACUGUGCAGUGGGGGAGGCCGCGCCCCCGGGGGGUUCUUCAAACCGGGCGAGAGGGGGACCUCCAUCUUGACACGGGGAGGGGCAGUGCCGGUGGAGGUGGGGGUGCAGGUGACCCCCCAUGGGGAGGAUGAAGAGGAGAGGAGGCUGACGCCCGCUAAAGGAAUCUGUCCCAAGCAGGAAAGAGGGAACACAGGUAGGAACUCAGAAGUCUGA